UUUGGCUCACGCCAGCUUCUGUCCGAAGCGCCCUGUCGCCCCCCGCGGGCGGCAUUUUUCAGCAUUUUUCCAUGGGCCACGCCUGGUGCGCAGGAUCAGUUUUCGCGCUGCACUUUUCGUCCGCAGGCGCCUUUUCGUGGCCAGGCUUCCCCGAGCCGCCCUCGCCUGCGCUGCGCGGCGUCGCCGCGCCGAGCUCCAAGCUCGAUUGGCACUCUGCUCCCGCGCCGCGCCUGGAGGACGAGCUCGCCGCAGCCGCCGCGCCCGGCGCCGCGCCCGGCGGGGUGGUCUUUGCCGGGCUCGCCGCAACUUCUGCCGUGCUGGGCCGGCUGGCGGCCCGGCGAGCGGCGAGGAGGGCCAAGGGGGCCUGGGCGCCCCAGGGCCGCCGCGCCGCAGCGCGCGCCGCGCUGCCCCUGCGGGGCCCCACCGCGCUGCGCGCCACCGAGCCCGAGGCGGAGCCCGAGGCGGAGGGCUCCGAGGAGGCGCCAGCGAAGGGCGCCAAGGAGCAGGUGGUCACGCCGUGGGACGUCGAGGCGGGAGAGGAUGGGGUGGACUACGACAAGCUCAUCGAGCAGUUCGGAUGCCAGCCCAUCACGCAGGAGCAGAUCGAGAGGAUCGAGCGCCUCACCGGCAAGAGGGCCCACAGGUUCCUGCGGAGAGGCCUCUUCUUCUCGCACCGCGACCUCAACGAGGGGGGGGUCGCAGGGCUUGAGGGGACGAGCUGCAGAUCUUAUCUCCUCGCCCUCGCCUCGCCUCGCCGCGCGGCCGCGCGCUCUCUCGCGCCUCUUCGCCCUGUUGCUCAAUGUCCUUUGGGGAAUUGCGAGUGUGUGUUGCUGUCUGGGGCAGUGCACCGUGCACCUGUGGGCGAGGCGGCGGAGCAGUCCAUGGCGCUGUACGCACAUAGGCACAGACGCUGACUCGAGGUUCUGUUUGAUGCGUCCUCCCCAUCUCCGUCUAUGUGUGUUUUUUUGGUGUGUGUUGUUGUUUGGUGUUGCUUUUUGUUUGUUUCUUAUCUCUCGCUAUCUAUCUCUCUGUCUUACUCUCUCUCUCCCUCUCUCUCCUCGUGUGCAGGCCUGUCUUUUCAACGCUCGCCAGCCCCGCGGUUGGAUCACUCCAGGCAUAGAGCUCUCAAGUGGCUAUUCGUGCCCGUGGGCGGCGCAGCGAUGCCUGUCUGACCCCUUUGCCGUGGUGGGCAAGAGGGCAACCGCAGAUACCAGAAGCGAGACGGCAGGAGGGCUUCUUGUCGUGGCAUCGAUGGCGCCCCUCGCUUCGAUGGGAAAGACUUAUCUCGUGAGCCCCAGACGGUGGUCACUGCACUGUCGAGAC